AUGCCCCGCUACGAGUCAUAUACCCAGUUUAACACAAAGAGGGAUGAUAUUAUUAAGGAAAUAUUGAACUCCAAGCUGAUUAAACCUCCUCGCAAAGCUGGGAGUUAUCCUGAGCCAAAGAACACUGACAAAUCUAAAUAUUGCACAUUUCAUCAGAAGUACGGUCAUACAACUGAUGAAUGUGUGAUAGCAAAAGAUCUCCUGGAACGCCUAGCAAGACAAGGGCAUCUUGACAAGUUUAUUGCAGGUCAUAUCCAGAAAAGAACUGGUCCAACCACUGAUCCAUCCACCAUAAGUACAUCAUCAAGAGAAAAGGACAAGGCCCCUGCUCAACCCAGAGGCAUCAUCAAUUGCAUCUCGGGAGGUUACGCCGGAGGCGGACACACAAGCUCGGCCAGGAAACGCACUUACAGGGCCAUGUUGGCCCUUGGGGAUACCACUAAUAAACCUCAACCAGCCCAAAACGUGCCAGAGCUGACCUUUUGCCCUUCCGACUUUAGUUGCAAUGACAGCAAUUUAGAUGACCCUGUGGUCAUCUCCAUCCAGUUGGGAGACCUAAUAGUUCGGAAAGUUCUGCUAGACCCGGGUAGCAGCGCCGAUGUAUUAUUUUUUACUACAUUUGAAAAGAUGAAACUGAGUACUAACAUUUUGCAGCCAUCUGUUGGAGAUUUAGUUGGAUUUUCAGGAGAACAGGUCCCUGUUAUGGGUUCAGUGUGGUUGCAAACCACACUCGGAAGACCUUUUUUAAAUAGAUUUGCUGCAAUUGUCUCCACAAUUCAUCUCUGUGUAAAGUUUUCUGUGCAGGGCAAUAUAGUGGCUACGGUUCAUGGUGACCUUCAAGAAGCUCGGCACUGUUAUAACACAAGCUUAAAGCCUAUCAAAAGAAGCAGUGAGCGGAGGAUUAAUUCUAUACAUGCUGAACAGCCAACCCUUGCCGAAUUAUAUCCCAGAGCUGACUUUCAAGACCGUCCUCUGCCAAAUGAAGAGCUAAUAAAGGUCACAUUAACCAACGACCCGAUGAAGUUUAAUUUCGUGGGAACAUCCACUAAAGAUGGGGAAAAGGAAAAACUCGUCCAAUUUUUACAACAAAACGCCGAUCUAUUCACUUGGACCUCCGGAGACAUGCCAGGCAUAGACCCCUCUGUGAUCACACAUAAACUGGCAAUAAGUCCAGCCGCCCGACCAGUAUCUCAGAAAAAACAAAACCUUGGAACUGAGAAGAGGCUUGCAUCCAUGGCCGAGGCCAAGAAGCUCAUCGACGCAAAUUUCAUCCGAGAAAACAGAUUUACAACAUGGUUAGCCAAUGUUGUCAUGGUAAAGAAAAGUAAUGGUAAAUGGCGCAUGUGCGUCGACUUUACUGAUCUAAACAAAGCUUGUCCUAAAGAUGCUUAUCCAUUACCGUGCAUUGAUACUUUAGUAGAUAACUCCUGCGGUUAUGGUACCUUGAGUUUUAUGGACGCAUACUCUGGUUAUAACCAGAUUCUUAUGCAUCCAUCAGACCAAGAGAAAACAGCCUUUAUAACAGAAUAUGGUAAUUAUUGUUAUAAUGUGAUGCCUUUUGGUUUAAAGAACGCAGGUGCGACGUACCAACGACUGAUGAACAAGAUCUUCGACCGGCAAAUAGGUCGGAACAUUGAGGUGUACGUCGACGAUAUGGUCGCCAAGACAAAAGCCGACCACUCCCACAUCGAUGAUCUUACUGAAAUCUUCGGCCAAAUCCGAGCUUAUAACAUGCGGCUUAAUCCUGAAAAAUGCGCCUUCGGCAUACGAGGAGGAAAAUUCCUCGGUUUCAUACUUACCAGCCGAGGAAUUGAGGCAAACCCCGAAAAAUGUCAAGCAAUCCUCGACAUGAAUAGUCCCACAACGAUCAAAGAGGUUCAGCGAUUAACAGGGAGAUUAGCGGCGUUGUCGAGAUUUCUGCCGUGCCUGGCAUCUAAAUCCUCUAACUUUUUUCAGUGUUUGAGGAAAAAUACAACUUUUCAAUGGGAUGAAAACUGUGAAGCUGCAUUUACAAGUUUAAAAGAAAUUCUUUCUAAACCACCUGUUUUACAAAAACCUAAGAUCGGCGAGCCAUUAUAUUUGUACUUAUCAAUUACUAAUAUGGCAAUUAGUUCUGUUCUUGUUGCAGAAAACCAGAAAAUACAACAACCAGUUUACUUUGUAAGAAAGUCAUUGCAGAACGCCGAGCUUCGCUACCCGAGGUUGGAAAAGCUCGCCUAUGCGCUGGUAUUCUCUGCAAGAAGGCUCCGUCCUUACUUUCAGAGCCACACAAUCAACGUCAGAACUACACAGCCGCUACGCCAGAUACUCGCUAAACCCGAAUUAGCUGGAAGAGGAUCUAUAAAAUCCCAGUACUUGGCCGACUUUGUUGCCGAGUUCACCGGACCAAACCCAGAAACAGGGAGUACGCAAUGGGUAUUAUUCGUUGACGGAGCAUCAAAUCCCCAAGGAUCAGGAGCGGGAAUACUCUUGGAAAAUCCUGAAGGAGUUGUCGUCGAGCAUUCUCUUCGAUUUUCCUUUAGGGCCAGCAAUAAUCAGGCCGAAUACGAAGCACUAAUUGCUGGACUCAGGUUAGCAAUUGAAUUGCAUGUUACUGAUUUAAAAGUCUACUGUGAUUCCUUAUUAGUUGUCCAGCAGGUAAAUCAGUAUUUUCAAACCAAGGAUCCGAUCUUGUUAAAAUACCUAGAUAUUGUCAGCCACCUUGUGGGCAGUUUUUCAACGAUUGAAAUUACUCAUAUACCUAGGGAACAAAAUCACAGAGCAGAUUUACUCUCUAAACUAGCUACCACUCAAUCACACACUGCCACACUUUUACAGUCUACCCUGGAUAAGCCGAGUAUAAAUCUAAUCGGCACUUUUAACAUCGUCCAUGAAAAUAGUUGGCAAAAGCCCCAUAUACAGUUCCUCAGAAAUGGGGAUAUUCCAGAGGAAGUCAAAGAUCAGAAAAAAUUUAAAAGACAGGCAUCCUUCUUUACACUUUUAAAUAACGAUUUAUAUAGGCGAGGUUAUUCUCGACCUCUAUUGAAAUGUUUAGACAGAUCGGAGGCCGACCUUGUUAUUGAUGAAGCUCAUGAAGGCAUUUGCGGAAUACAUUCUGGAGCGAGAAGCCUAGCGCAAAAGAUUCUUCGAGCUGGUUUUUACUGGCCGACAAUAUGGGAAGACAGCAGGAAAAAGGUCCGAACCUGCGAUCGUUGCCAGAAGCAUGCUUCGAUCAUUAACAUACCAGCUGAAAACCUGCAUCACUCAGUGGUAAGCUGGCCAUUUAACCAAUGGGGAAUUGACAUCCUCGGACCUUUUCCCACCGCUCCGAGACAGGUGAAAUAUUUAGUUGUUGCAUAUGAUUACUUUUCUAAAUGGAUUGAAGCUCAACCUUUAGCAAGAAUUACUUCAAGUCAAAUGAUCUCCUUUGUAUGGAAGAGCAUAAUUUGUAGAUUUGGUUUGCCUCGACAUAUCAUCACUGACAAUGGUCGCCAGUUUACCGACCAUAAUUUCAAAGCUUUUUUGCAGAAUUUGCAAAUAAAACAACACUUUUCGUCAGUAGAGCAUCCACAGUCAAACGGAUUAGCAGAGGCGGCAAAUAAAGUUCUCCUACAAGCAUUAAGAAAAAAGGUUGAUGAUGCCAAAGGCUUAUGGGCCGAGCUUAUUUCCGAAAUACUGUGGGGAUAUAACACUACAGUGCAUUCAACAACUAAAGAAACACCAUUUCGUUUGGUAUAUGGUUCAGAAGCAAUACUACCAAUUGAAGUCUCACAUGGCUCCUUCCGAACAGAAGCCGUAGAGCAUGAACAAGCUCGGCAAUCCGAGCUUGAUUUAAUUGAAGAAGUGCGAAGCAUGGCGGCCGUACGUCAUCAAGCACUACAACAACGGAUAGGUCGGCGGCAUGACCGAAGAGUACAACCAAGAUCUUUUAAUAUAGGCGACCUGGUACUAAGAAAGACUGAAGAAGCCCGAAGACCUUCCUCCCAUGGAAAGCUCUCAGCAGCAUGGGACGGACCUUACAGAAUACAUGAAGUCCUUGGCAGAGGAGCUUAUCAACUGGAGAGAUUGGAAGGGACAAAACUACCCAAUACUUGGAAUAUCAGUUCCUUAAAACAAUAUUACAGUUAA